AUGCCUCCUGGGUUUUCCAAGAAGCGCAAGGUUCUUGAUGGCCUCAAGGGCGAGACCGGCCGCAAGAAGAAGUUCACAAAGCAGCGCUUCUACCACAGCAGCUCCGAAGAUGAGGAAGACGACGACAAGUUCAAUGCCGUCAGCCUCGGCGACUCCGACGAAGAAGAUGGAGGCGUCAAAGUGAAGAAGCCCUCGGCUCUCGAUCUCCGCAUGAAGAAAGCAAAGGAAGCCAAGGAAGCACCCGCACCGCAACCGAAAAAAUCAGAUGACAGCGAGUCCGAUUCCGCCGACGAAGAAGAGAUCGAGCUAGGAUCCGACGACCUCGAGGAUGAUGACGACGACGAAAAUGAUGCCUCUGGCUCUGACGAAGACGUUUCCGAUUCUGCUCCUUCCGAAAAAGGUGCCAACCGUGGCCGCGCCGUCCCCAAGCGCAACGACCCUACCGCAUUCUCUACCUCCAUCUCCAAGAUUCUGUCUACCAAACUCCCUUCAUCCGCGCGGGCUGACCCCGUCCUCUCGCGAAGCUCGUAUGCCUCCAAACUUGCUGCUGAGGCUGCGGAUGAUAAGCUCGACAAGGCCGCGCGCGCCAAGAUGCGCGCCGAGAAGAAGGAAGAGCUAGACCGUGGUCGAAUUCGUGACGUGAUGGGUGUCAAGAGAGGACUUGCAGGUCCUGUGGCUGAGGAGGAAAAGCGUGUGCGCAAGAUGGCUCAGCGUGGUGUGGUCAAGCUGUUCAAUGCCGUGCGCGCAGCUCAAGUCCGCGGUGAGGAAGCCGCCAAGGACGAGCGCAAGAAGGGCACAAUUGGUAUGGGAGAGCGCGAGAAGGCCGCUAAUGAGGUCAGCAAGCAAGGAUUCCUUGAGUUGAUCAAUGGAAAGAAGGGAAAGCCUUUGAACAUCGAGGAGGCUUGA